AUGUCGAACGAAGCAGAAGGAUUAUGGUGCGGCUUAAUUGAAAAAUGUUUUCAGGAAGCCUUAGCUAUUUACCCUCCUUGCGGAAGACAAAAAAUAAUGAUUUCGUCACGUGAUAAAAUGUAUGGCAGGAACGAGCUUAUUGCGCGUUACAUCUUAAAUAAAACAGGUAAAGUUAGAACUCGUAAACAAGUGGCGAGUCACAUUCAGGUGCUAGCAAGAAAGCAUAUGAGAAAAUCUCAUAACAAUCAACGUAGUGAAGUUAAUGGGCAUAACAAUUUGGUUACAAAAUCGAAAACCUCUCGUAUUUCGUCGCCUUUUGAUAUUACAUACUCGCCUUUGGAUUUCUCAUCGAACAAUUUAAGUCACCAGACUUCAUUCGUCGACGACCUACACCAUAUGAUAAAUCAUAAUUCUCCAUUGCAAGAACCCGUAAACUCAUUUACUUACCACAAUGAAAAUUCAUUCAUAGAAAUGGACCGUGAUAACUAUUUGAACUACGAUCAAUAUUACUUUAUUGAUAAAAGGUGCGAAUAUAGAGCUCCUACGUAUAACGAAAAAUUACCGAAUUUUAGUCGUGAAAUUUUACAAAACUUUCGACCUAGUUACGGGAAAAAUCAUUUCUCGAAAAACGACAUUUCUUUAAUUGAAUACACAAAAGAUAGAGAAAACAACGCAAAUGCGUAUUUUUCAUUUUGUAAAUCAAAUUUUGAAAAUGAGCAAAGACCUUGGUUUACUCAUAACGAGCCAAAUAUCAAUCGAUAUAUACGCACUUUUAAAGAUGAAAUGAAAUCAAAUAUUGACAAUUUUGAUUCUCAUAUAAGUUUAGAACCAUUUUUUAGAGACGAUUUUUAA